CCAGUCCGACGUUACCUCUGCAGAGGAAAACGCAAUGGAGCCCUGAACAUUUUUCAUUUCUGUCUCCUUUGACCCCUGGAAAACACACUUCGUAUCCAAACACAGUUUUACCUGCUAUUUAUUCGAGGCGUAACAGGGCGGUGCAACAAUGUGGAUCCAGGUUCGCACUAUAGACGGGAAGGAGACGCGAACCGUUGAGGAUCUUUCUAGAUUGACCAAAAUUGAGUCUUUACGGUUGAAAAUACAGGACAUCUUCAGUGUAAGCCCUCAACAGCAGCGCCUGUUCUACCGAGGAAAGCAGAUGGAAGAUGGCCAGACACUGUUUGACUACAACGUGGGACUCAAUGACAUCGUCCAGCUGCUGAUUCGCUCACAGACCGACCCUCCAGACAGUCCAGCCGCCAAGGAGCCCUCUGGCAUGUCCUGCAGUUCGGCUCCCCCUCCUGACUCAAGGUCGGAAAGCCACAACUCCCCAGCUCCCGCCUCCCCUGCUGCUAUGGAAACCUCCACCAUUACGAACAAUGACAGCAGCAGCGUCACCACCAGCACUGUUAAUGAAACCAAGCCGGACACCAGCGCUACCAGUAACUCAGCCAGUACCAAAAAUGGGUUCAACUCCUCCAGUCCGGCGUGGGACAGCCAGCCCCCCACGUCCAGCAGAAACACACUAGUCGACCCAGGGAUUGGUGUGUACAAGAUUAACGAGCUGGUGGACUGCAGAGACGUCAGCAUCGGCGCCUGGUUUGAGGCCUGCAUUGAAAAUGUGACACGCGCUCCCAAAGGACAGAUAACGCCCACCAAGGGCAAGGUGGGCCGGCCCCCAAAAAGGACUAAUGGAAAGCUGGAGGCCGAGCAGGGACAGGCCCACGGCCAGGGCCUAACCACAGACAGUAACAGGAAUAAUGUUGUGUUAAGCCCUGAGAGUAAUGGAGCCUCCACCUCUCAGACAGACUCUACAGCAGCUACAGAGACCAAGGAGAGAGAAGAGGAUGUAAUUUACCACAUUAAAUACGACGACUACCCAGAGAACGGUGUGGUGGAGAUGCGACCGGUGGAUGUGCGGCCACGUGCCAGGACCCUGCUGCGGUGGGACCAGCUCCAGGUGGGCAUGAAUGUGAUGGUCAACUACAAUAUGGAGACACCAGAUGAGAGGGGCUUCUGGUUCGACGCCGAGGUUCAGAGCCUCAACCAAGCGUCCCGCACCAACAAGGAGCUCCGGGUCAACAUCCUCCUGGGGGGUCCUGGAGAUGUAAUCGGGGAUUGUAAAGUACAGUUUCUGGAUGAAAUCUACCAGGUGGAAAAACCAGGAGCUCGUGCACUCUCGGCUUCAGAUGGACAGUUUAAACGGAAGAGCGGCCCGGAGUGUAAGCACUGCAAGGCUGACCCCGAUGCUGAGUGCCGCUUCUGCUCCUGCUGUGUGUGUGGCGGGAAACAGGAUGCUCACAUGCAGCUGCUGUGCGAUGAGUGUAACAUGGCGUUCCACAUCUACUGCCUGAACCCACCGCUGGCCACCAUCCCCGAUGACGAGGACUGGUACUGUCCCACCUGUAAGAAUGACACCAGCGAGGUCGUGAAGGCAGGAGAGAAGCUCAAAGCCAGCAAGAAGAAAGCCAAGAUGCCUUCGGCAACGACCGAGAGUCAAAGGGACUGGGGAAAGGGUAUGGCCUGUGUGGGACGCACUAAGGAGUGCACAAUUGUUCCUUCAAACCACUAUGGACCAAUACCUGGCGUUCCUGUUGGAACCACCUGGAAAUUCAGAGUCCAGGUGAGUGAGGCAGGUGUUCACAGGCCGCAUGUUGGCGGUAUCCACGGGCGCAGUAACGAUGGCUCCUAUUCGCUGGUGUUGGCUGGGGGCUUUGAAGAUGAAGUGGACCGCGGAGAUGAGUUCACCUACACAGGCAGCGGGGGUCGUGACCUCUCAGGAAACAAACGGAUCGGAGAGCACACUUUUGACCAGACCCUGACACAUAUGAACAGGGCGUUGGCCUUGAACUGCGAUGCACCUCUGAAUGACAAAGAUGGGGCAGAAUCAAGGAACUGGCGGGCGGGAAAGCCGGUCAGAGUGGUGCGCAGUUCUAAAGGUCGACGCAUCAGCAAAUACGCUCCCGAGGAGGGAAACCGCUACGAUGGUAUUUACAAGGUGGUGAAGUACUGGCCAGAGAUUGGAAAGUGUGGUUACCUGGUGUGGCGGUACCUGCUGAGACGGGAUGAUUUGGAGCCAGCACCAUGGACGCCUGAAGGACUUGAGAGGAUAAAGAAACUGGGUCUUUCUGUUCAGUGCCACUGCCAACAGUACCCGCCCGGCUACUUGGCGGCAAUGGCUAACAAAACAAAGAAGGAGGCCUGUGCUCGACCUGGGCGCGGCGGCCGGAGUAAGCACUAUCCCGGAAGGGGGAGGCCACGGAGACGCAAGAUCAAGGAGAAAGAAGAGAAUGACGAAGAAGAGGAUGAUGAGCAGCCAAUGGCCGGUGUGGAUGAAGAGGAGCCACAGAGUAAUGGGGAGCAGAAGACAACCAGAGAUAGUGAGUUGUCACCAGCGUCAGAGCCUCCCUCUAAAAAAGUGAAGAUUGAGGAGACUUUCCAGCUGUCAGAGCAGCAGCAGCAGUUGAUCCGGGAGGACACAGCCAACAAGAAACUCUGGGAUGAAGCCAUGGGACACCUUAAAGAGGGACCGAAUUUCCUGCGGAAGAUGGAGCAGAUCUUCAUGUGUGUGUGCUGCCAGGAGCUGGCCUUCCAACCCAUCACCACCGUCUGCUCACACAAUGUUUGCAAGAGCUGUCUACAACGCUCGUUCCGAGCAAAGGUGUACACCUGCCCUGCCUGCCGUCACGACCUGGGCAAAGACUUCGUCAUGACCCAAAACGUGACGCUUCAGUUGCUGCUUGACCAGUUCUAUCCCGGCUACAGCAAGGGCCGGUGAGGUCGAAAUCACAUUUAUAAGUAGAAUACGUACAUACACGCACAUAAGCAUCCAUUCUGUGCACCCGCGUAUACUGUCAAGUACCUAGAGCUCCACUUUAAAAUGCAUUGCGCACACAUACUGUACUUACCCACGGGCAAAUGUAUAUUGCAUAUAUACAGCCAUUUAUGUAUACAAUCAUUCAUACACAAACAACCUCAGUAGGGACUGACCUCAUCUGUUGAACCUGGACUGUCUCCAUUAACAUCACCAGCCUGAAAUUACACCAUGGAUAUUUUUUAACCUCUUUACUCCUGCCCCCCACAAACGCACAAAAGGAGCCCGAUUUCACACCCACUCGCCACCUCAAGAUAUUAGCUCAUUUUCUGUUGUUGUCAUUCACACAUAAAUUGACAUACGCCACAUCGAUGAGUGCAGAUUUCUCCCUGGCAGUAUCGUGAAAUCAGCCAUUCAACUCCUGCCAACCUGUAUGCAUUUUUGUGUACCAUGUACGCAGUUCUACACCAAAAAACUGAGCUGAGCUGCUUCAUAUACAUGCAGUAUUUUUGUCAGCUGGGCUGGCAAAUAAAGGUGCUAGUUUAACACAGUGAUUUAGGCACAGCAGGACGUAACACCCCCUGCACAACACUCAGAAUGAGCAGAAUAGGUCAUGCGCCUGAACUUGACAUGGUACAAUCACGGAAGUCAAGAAUUAACAUGUAUUUGUACAUGAAACAAAGCACACAGUGUUUUAUGCCUUUGAAGCACUUUAUCAAUGGCAGGACUUAUUUUGUAGGUUAAUUAGGAGCACACGCUAGCCUUCUGCUAGCUGCUCGUGUCACUUGGAAUAAUGCCAUUGUCAUACUUGGGGCUAAUAAGAUAGCAAAUGUCUCACCAGAGGUAACUUUCAGUGGAUUUGCAGAGAACAGAAAUUUGGCAGCUGUGUCAGGUUUGUUUGCAGCGUCAGGAGAGUUCUAGAUCCAACAAAACAGCAAGCGUAUAGUGAACGCAACAAUGAUCAACAGGCAUGACUGUUUUAGAUUUUAGGUGGAGUAAAAGUUUUUUAAAAAGCUGUUUGCUCCAUAAACAUACCAAAGACAUGAGGCUGUAGAGCAAGUCAGAGGCAAAUAUCUUCAGAAAUCUGCUGUUAAGAAAAAGUCAUUUGUGGUGAGGAAUCACGCCUAAAAUAAAUCCAAACAGGAUCUUAGCAAAUCACAUCAUCAUUCUUUUAUGUAUUAAAGGCACAGUUCACCCCCAAAUCAAAAAUACAUAUUUUUCCUCUUACCUGUAGUGCUGUUAAUUAAUCUAGAUUGUUUUGGUCAGAGUUGUCGAGAGAUGUUUGCCUUCUCUUAAAUACAAAGAAACCGGCCAACCAUAUCACUGCACAGAAGGAAACGUGCAUCUACUGCUAGCUUUCUUUGCACCACUACGUAAGCUAACGUUACAGCUCAGCCAGGGAAGAUGCCGUUAAUGUUUACAUCGCUCACUGUCACGAGCACAAACCUCUUGUCCAUGAGUUGAUGCGCACUUCUUUCUGCGCUGUGAUACAGUUGGCGGGUGUAGCUUGGUAGAAAGAAAAUACUUCCUACAUGAAACUGUUCACAACAAGGUCUGUGGAUUAUCUUAGUAGUCAGGCCAUUAUUUCUGUAAAGGGACAUUGCUGCUGAGUUUUUCAAAAGGUUUUUUUGCGCUUUGAGCACCACAAGCUGAGUGCCAUCUAGUUUCUGUAUAUUCGAGAGAAGGCAGACAUCUCUACAGACGAUAUCUCCAACACUUGGCAACUCACACCAAAACAAUUUAGAUUGACAAAUAGCACAAGAUGUACCUCUGAUUUUAUGGUGAACUGUUCCUUUAAACAUUCAUGUUAAGACAUUUAUAAUAAAGUUCUCACUUCCAUAUUUCACAUCCUUACAUUCAUGGUUCCACUUCUUCAGUCAAAUGGCACAGAGUAAACUUCUCGUACAUUAGAUGAGUACGUUCUUGUGUUUCCCUUUAAUUUGUUUACCAGAUAAACAAUGUAAUGAUAGAGUGGAAAGUAAAGAAUUAAAUUGCGAAGAGAAAUGCUCGAGAAGAACGAGGAGCGAUGCUUGUUUCUUCUUUUCAAUGACGCCUAGAAGGGCACACUGUGGUUGUCCCUGGUGUUACCAAGCAACCACAAUCAAGGAGGACUUCACACAAAGAUGGUUAGCAUAUUUAGUGCUCAGCAGAUAUUCACCUGCUAUUGUUCUCUCGGUUAGAUUCAGUGUAAUGUUCGCUGGAGAGCUCUGGGUAUCCAGCACGAUCUGCUUUUCCUUCAGUUUUAGAAGUCUGAUGAGCGACUGCACAGCCAGGAUGAUAUGAGUUAUUUGUUGUCGCAUUACAUCCAGGAAAUGGUGAUACAUCCAUCUCAAUUUGCCGUGGUUUGGCCUGAAAAAAAAGGUCACUGAUUUCUAUUCCCCGACAGUGCUUUCAAAUCCACGUAAUGGUUAUGAGGAUGCACACCAUCAGGGGCUCAGGGACGCUGCCAGAGUGUGCAGUGUACCCACAUAUACACUAUAUAAGCUAGAUAGAAAGAGACUGUGCAACCAGUCUGAUAUUGUCAUGAAUUGUUAUUCACCAGUCUAGACCCAGAGGAUAAAAGUGCCUUGUAGCACAGACGAUCAAAAUGUUUCAACUACUGAAAGUUGGCAUCCAAUGCCUGGUCACUUUCUAAUGUCUCAGCCUCCUUUUAAAUCAGAAUUUUAUCGAUUUAAAAUCCUAAUUUUAGACUAUUUUAUUUAGGCCAAGCUCUUGUUUGACUACAAAAAAUUAAGAACUCCUUUUGUUAAAUGGGGGAAAAAUUGUAGAAAAAGUUGCUUUUCCUUAAAGUUAGGAAUUGAAUCAGGUAUCGUAUUGACACUAGCACUGAAAAAUGUCAACACUUCCCAUCCAUACAUGGCACUUUGAAACGUUUUCAAUAGUGCAUAUGUGUGUCAGAGUCCACAGAGUUUAUGAGCAGAACACAUUUCAGUAGCUCUGUGAAUACACUAUUGAAUGUUUCAGUUGGUAGUCUUUCAAUAAACCCGCACAGAGCAUUGAAUAUAUAACAGAAAACUCUGUGUAUGUGCAAGGUGAAGUUAUGUCCUUCACUGCACCACUCAGUCAGAACUUUAACACUGCAAAGUGUCAAAGAUAGCAAACAGACGUGUUCAAGAGUUACUGAUCAAGUCUUAUGCUGGCUGUGCUGUGAAUCUUACAUACUUAAAUACACAAACAGAUUUCUUGACACAGACAGUUGCAUCCAAAGAGUGAAAAGUAGUUCAUUUAUUUUGGAUAUGCUGGAUGAUAUAGGACAUGUUUAUAUGGAUUAAGAGCAUGUGUUACAUAUACAUAUUUUUUUUUUUAAUGGUUUUAUGAGGUUUUUGGCUACGUUAGUUGGACAGGAGGGUCUGUGUUGAUUCAUUGUACAAGCUAAAAAUAAAACAGCAAUAUGAGGAAGUCAUUUGUCUCACCAGAUCAGCAGGUCUAACGCACCAUGGUCCAUGGCUGAAAACACAAAUGAGCAUUAAAUGGCAGCUGUGAACUGGAUACAAACUAAAAUGUCUCCGUAAACAGUAUGAUACAAGUUUUUAAGCUACUUUUGUGUGCUUACCUUUUCUUAUAUGUCACUAUCCAGUGGAUUCAGCCUCACCGGUGAGAAACAAAGCCCUCCAUAUAUGUGACAGCUUCACAUGAGUUUGUUUUAAUCACUCUAAGAAAACCUCCGCAACAAGGAAUAUCAGUGGCAGUCAGAAUCUGACAGAAUACUACAUGUAUUUUUCUUCUUUCCUUGUUUAUCCUCGUGUGAGUUUUCUUUUUACAAGACCUUUCGAUAGUUUGAAAAUCUUUUGCAGCUGCUCCGUAGUGCCACAUGGUGAUAUAGUCAUGUAAUGACUACAGACAGGGUUACUGUUAGCAUGUAGUGAUGUACACUUCACCCACACACGCUCAUUUAUAGUUAGAGCUCCAGCGACUAAUCGAUGAAUUUUAGUAAAGCAGAUAUGUCAAACAUUUGCUGGUUGUAGCUCCUUAAAUGUGAGGAUUUGCUGCUUUUUCAUUUAUGAUAGUAAAUGAGGAGUUUUGGGUUUAGACUGUUGGACAAGAGACGCAAUUUGGAGACGUCGCUUUGGACAAAAUAAUCAUAUUAAUCAAUGGUAAAUUAUCAUUAGUUUCAGCCAUAGUUAUGGGUUAUCUUCAUGUUUUGUCAGAUCUGACACAGCAUCACACAUACAUGUUUUACAGCCUGAGUUAAAAAUGUUUUCUAUCUUGAACAGCCGAUGCAGCUUGCAUCUUGUUCAGUGCAGAUAUGGUACUUUAAAAUGUCCAGGGUUGGCAGGAACUAAAACAAAAACGUCCCGCAGAGAGCAGCAGCACUGACUUGCGCUGAAUUUCAGAUAAUGUAACCGAAACAGUUUCAACACUUGAGCUGGUUUUGUGGGAAAAUGUAGCCCUCGUUCAUCGACACUGUCACGCUCACCUGUAACAGCCUUUCCAGGCGUUGCCAUGUUUAGUGUAGAGCGGAGACAAUGACAGAAAACACGCUGCUGUACACAACAGUUUCUUACUGCUCUGUUGACACUCAGAUCCCCCCCUCUCAUUGGCCGGCUGUUUGUUUGUUUGUGGUGAUUUCCUUGUUUCCGUUCAGUCAUUCAGGAUUUUUUUUUUGUCUCUUUUAUCAACAACAUGCAAGUACAAAAGCUACUAUGGUCUUUAAAGCUAACUGUGAUGUGCAUUUCUUCCACUGUUGUUCAAUCUUGUUCAAAGAUUUUUUUUUUUUUUGUUCUCCCCGCAUUGACUGGCAAGCUAAUAGCCCUCGUUUCUUUCUCUGCUGUGACCUUCUCUCCCUCUCCUCCUCUCCUCCUCUCUCCGCUGUCCUCUGCCCUCCGUGAGCCUACAGUACUAACAAUUUUUAGACGUCUUGUGGACGCUUGGCUUCAGUGCUGUGUUGUUUUUUAUUUUUAUUGCACUCUAUUGAAGAAAAAAGUUUGAAAAGUUGCAUUUAAUUUUUCCUAGAAUGCUUACUAUUAUCUAUGUCUGUACGCCAUUUUUCUACCAUUUUAGUUGCUUCUCUUCUAUUUUAAUCAUUAGUCAUUUUUAUGUGGCGACCUCAAACAUUUGCAGCAUAUGCCAGUCUGAGGAGUUUCAUGCUUCAUAUUGUGAUCUGAAAUUUUAUACAUGUCAUAAUAAUACUUGAUAUGUACCUAUUAAAUAUUUGGAUUCCAGAAAAAUAA